AUUCUAGGCUUUCACCACCCAUCCACAGAACGAAAAAUAGAGAGAGAAAGAGAGAGAUUUCAUGGAGGCCAUUGCACUUGAAGACCCCGCCAUCAUCGCGCCGGUGGAAGCCGCAGAGAUCAAGAAGCUUGAGGGCAAGAUCGAGGCUCCGAAGAAGAACAAGAUUCAAGUGUCGAAUACCAAGAAGCCCCUCUUCUUCUACCUCAACCUUGCCAAGAGGUGCAUCAAGAAGCACAAUGAUGUGGUGCUUUCAGCCUUGGGCAUGGCCAUUCCCACAGUCGUCACAAUUGCAGAGAUUCUCAAGGCAAAUGGGGUGGCCAUGGAGAAACAGGUUUUGACUUCCACCGUUGGCAUAAAGGAUGAAGCCAAAGGCCGCAUGGUUCAGAAACCCAAGAUUGAAAUUGUGCUGGAGAGAACCCAGAAUGGUGUUGAGAAAAACCAGAAUGGUGAGAAGACCAAUAAUGGCACAGUCCCUGAGAAGAACCAGAAUGAUGUUGAGAAAAACCAGAAUGGUGAGAAGACCAAUGUUGACGCAGCCCCUGAGAAAAACCAGAAUGAUUUGGAGAAAAACCAGAAUGGUGAGAAGGACCAUAAUGGCACAGGCCCUGAGAACCAGAAUGAUGUGAAGGACAACAACCAGAGAGGUGUUGAGAAAAACCAGAAUGGUGGGAAGACCAAGGAUGGCACAGCCCCUGAGGGCGCUGCUGAGGAAGAUAAAUCGGCGACCACCAAAGAGUUGGACGUCACAGUUUGAGUAGGAGACAUGAUCUGUCAUCUGAGAGUACACUAGUUAGGUAGGAAAAAACAACUAGAGCUGCUGCCAAUAUUCCCUACAUGGCCAUGGAUCUGAGAGUAUCAUGGCUUUGGU